AAAAGAUUUCUUCGUUUCGUGAGCACAGAUGCAACGUGCUACUCGCAGCAACUGGUCGCACGUUCGUUUUCUCCCUUAUGCGCUGCCGUUGAGAUUUUGUGAUUUUGCGAAGAAGCAAGCGAACGAACGAGCGAGCGAGCGAGCGGAAAACGGACAAACAUCUAAACCCAACCAAAACAGCAACACGAAAAAUCGGAAAAUCAUCAUUGUUUCGUUUUGCUCGGCCAGAUCGUGAUUUCGUUUGCGGCAUUCAUACAAACAUCGGUCGGUUGGUCGUUUGGUCAGUCAGUCAGUCACUCUGUCGGUUGUGUCGUCAACUGUUGUCGGUCGUAACGCAGGAAAUUAUCGUCUUACCAAAAAAAAAGAGAAAAAAUCAAGUGAAACAAAGGACAAUCGUUGGGAUAUUUUCCAAACAUCCCAACAAUCGCACAGCAGGCUCCGUGGCCAAACAUCCAUCAGCAGCAGCAGAAACAAUUCAAGAGUCGUGUGUGAAUUUGGGCUCAACAAAGCCAAACGGAACAAAACAAAACAAAAAAUUAAUAAAAUAAUUACAAUUUGUGUUUACAACAGACCGCGAGAGACGGGCCGGGCCUUACGCACAGAGACAAAAGACAGCUCGUAACUCAGCUGCCCGUUCUUCUGCCUCUGGUUCUGCAACAUCAGAGCUACGACAGUCAAAUUUAUGCAAAUGCCUUUGCAGGUGUGUGAGUAAAUGUCUGACUGCCUCAGUGAGAUAUUCAGUGAGUGAGCGAACGAGCAAGCGACUGAGUGAGUGAGUGAGCAAGUAGUGAGUGUGGCAAGUGGAAAACAAAACAACAACAAUAACAACGAGGAGGAGAUACGACGAUUCACACGUGCUUCAAUUCGGUGUAACGGUAACAGAUCUAAAUCGAAUAGCCGAGAAAAGUCCUGCUGAUUCAGAUUUUAUUGACUGCGACAAUGUCGAGGCAUUCAAUGAGCACCAAGGAAGCAGAAUUGUUAACCACAGCCAGCAGGACCCAUUUGAAAAGAGUUUCAACAAAAGCCACAGCUCCCCCCACCUUCAGCAGCAGGAGCAGUAGUUACUUUGACCAUAAUCGCAGCCGGAGCAGUUAUCGAGGCUUCAGCAUUAGCAGCAGUAUUUGUUGUUUUUGGCCAUCUUGCCUUUGCUGGCACUUCUUGGUAUCCUUCUAUUGCUGCCUUUUUGUUUGCAUUGUGCAACAUUGCGGCACUGAGGCGGAAAUCGCUCCGGUUGGUGCUAUUUCCGGUGGUGGCGCUGGUGCAGCCGGUGUGAGUGCCAUUGGCAUGGGCGUUAUGGGUACCCUGACGGCUGUGGGUGAAGCUGUUAUAAAUGACGACACUGCAGCAGCUACUAAUGACGAUGACGACGAUGGAGGAGGCGAAGGUGGAGGAGGAGAAGGAGAAGGUGGUGGCACAAUUGGCGCUGGUUCGAUACUCUCCAAUAAUUUCGACAGUCAAGAUUGUACUUCACGUAAAUUCCAGAGCAUGGCUAAGAAUAUUGAUGACAUCGAAGAUUUGGAAUUGGGCGUGCCGGUGAAUAUUGCAUUUGACAAACGCCAAAGGAAAAGAUUUGUACUGCAUUUGAAUACAUCGACGCCCUUAAAUAUAAAUUUCUCACAAAUUGUGGCACGCAAGCUGUACUUUAAUCAGACGAUAAAUCUGCUGCGUUCCAGCAAAAAUGCCCAACAUUCGAUAACCCUGACUUGUGCUCUACGUGGCCAGUAUGAUAUUUUUGUGCAAGCCCGUCACAGGGGUUCGGUGAAAAUCGAGGCCAUUGGUUUGCACCCGCAGGCCAAUUGGCCGCUAUUGAAUCGGACACAUCGCAUCACCAUACGAAGUCAAAAUCGAAUACGAAAACGCCAAAUGAUUGUCAAAUGGGACAAGAGCAAGUUUGAUUCGCAUGCAGUCCAGUAUUGCCUGGUGGUCAGCACGAGAAAUGCCCAUAAAGAUUUCUGUCAGGCAGUUGAUGAGUUUUUGACAUCGCCCUCGGCAAAUCGUAGGAAUUCACCGGGAGUUUGUCAACAACCCCUAACCAUAGAAUCGAUAUUGUCCAGGCCAGCUGAGAGGGCAAAGAAAAUCGAUCCCCACACCACAAAUGUCAUUUGCACCGGCAGUCGCACUCAUCAGCUGAUCAGAGGCUUGGCGCCCAAUUAUGAAUACUUUUUGGAUGUGUUUGGCAUUCACACCAAACGCCAGAAUCUCACCUUCCACAUAGCCUCAUCAACCAUUCAUUUCAACAGAACUCAUCCGGCCUUGUUGAAGGCCAACUCCCUAAGUAUUGUUAAGAUAUCAGGUUUACAUGGGGUGCAAGUGUUUAGUUUUAAGGUCCCUCCUCUUCCCAAGCCCGAUUCCCAGACGUCACUGCGCUAUCUGGUCUUACCCUGUGGCGGCAGUGAAGUCGAUGCCAAGAUUUUGAAACAACGCAAAGUCAUUGGAAAUAUCAGCAACAUUUACCGGCCAACAUACAUUGAUCUCUCUUCGAUACGAGAAGCGGGGCGCUACAUGAUCCGUUUCAAGCCCAGCAAUGAUGAUGAAGUUCUGCGCGCCAAUAAAAUUGGGCUGGCCGUAACAACCAAUCGCGUUUUUAGUCAACUGCCCGAAUUGCCCGAAAACAUAACCGUUUUUGAGGUACGAACAAAAUGUCACUCCACCAAAAUUGCCUGGUACAGUUCGCCAGAAAUUCGAACACUCAGUUACUGCAUAAUUGUGUUCAAUUUGCCGCAACGCAAUCGCAGCUCCAUCGAUUAUACAAAUUAUUGCAUGGAUUUUGGCAAGCGUGUAGUUCAGCAUCCGCAGUUUCAUUCAAUAAAAUGCCCCAAAAAAGCUAAAAACCCACCACUUUUGGAAACCGACACCAUUUUCAAUCUAACACCCGGUGAAUCCUAUCUAAUCUAUGUGACGGCCAAUCUGAGCGAAGGCAAGCCGCUACCCUAUCAAUCUCUAAAAGUGAAAAUGCAUCACCAGUGCCCCGAGGAAGUGCUGGGCGCCGAAUCAAGAGAUCAAUCGACCUACUAUUUAAAUUAAGUUUUAAACUAUAAGAAAGCCAACACAAAAAGAAUUCCAAAAAAGAAAGAAAACAAAAAAAAAAACAACAAACAAAACAAGCUAUGAUUAACUCUAAACUAAAUUACAGUAGCAAGGAAAGAAAACGUCAUUGCCAUUGCCAUUUCCUAAUCAAAAAAGAAACACACAACAAAACAGAAAAAAAGAAAAACAAACACCAUAUUUGAUAAAUAAGCAACGAAAAAUCAAAUGAAUAUUUUUACAACAACUAAUUUUAAAUUAAAUGUUUUAGUUGUAGGAGAUUUGUUUUUGUAAUGUUUUAGAAUAUAUAUGGAAAACAAGUAGCUUUUAAUUUUGCAGCAAUAAGUUAUGUUAAGAGGGAGAAAAAAUGAAAAACGAAAAAGAAAGCAAAAAAAUUAAAUAUUAUUUGGCUUUAAGAUUUGCAGGUCUACCUAAAAUCGAGCAUAGGAAGUCUAAGUUUUUCACCAAGAAAGUUGAACACAAGGGAAAUCCAAUGAGGUCUCACGAAGGCAAAUUCAGGCCUGAGCUUUCUCUUGAUGUCAAAAGUACUUCUGUGGAGCCUUAAUCAAAAAGGGCAAAAACAAAAAAUAUUUCACAAAUUAUAAAUUUCAAAAUUGAAAAUUAUGUUCCGGUCAAAAUAUAAAUAUGUUAUAUAAAAAACUGCAUGGGGCCGUACGGACUCCACCUAGUAAGGAAGUUGACAUUUAUUGUAUGCUGCCUCGAAUUUUAGUUAGACCUGUCACACAGCAGACUUCAAUUUUAAUUUUUGUUUGAGAUUGCAAUGCCAUUCAUGUUUGUACAUUUUUUAUUUCGCCCGAACCUAUAUAUAUUUGUAAAUAUAAGUGUAGUUCGAUACGAUGAAUUGCUCAGGUUCAAUAUUACAAAAUGGGAGUGAUAAAAACUGGAGAGAAUACCUAAGAAAUUUCUCCAACCCAACAAUUUUCCAUUAGCCAAUUGGAUCAUUUAUAAGAAAUUGGGUAGAACUGUGUAUCAAUGGGUGUUGCAUAUUCGAAUAGACUCACCAUUAAAAAAUUUGCCUUAUUGUCUUCCAUUUGCGUAUAAAUUUUGUAUUUUCAUUUAUUUUUUUUUCUCACUGAAUUUAUUCUUCCCCUUUUCAUCCUCCAGUUUUAAUCACUUCCAUCAUGUUUGGAAAAUUUACCAUGGGCAAUUUAUUAUUUUUCUUAUGUAAAUUAUUAUUAUUUUUUAAAUAGCUUUUAUCUUCAGUCUUUUGUUUUCUACACUCGCAUAUUAUAUAAGUAUUGAUGUGGUUGUUGUUAAAACCACAACAACAACAACAAAAACUAUGAAAAAAUAAAAUUAAAAAAGAGAAAAACCAACUAUUCUACCUAUUUACCUACCUACCGUAAUUUCAAUAAAUGAAGAUGAAGCAGAGGAGGAGCAGAGAAAUUGCUACAUAACUUUAACAAUAAAGUAAAUAUUUAUAAUUAAUAUGAAAUAAAAUAAAAAACGAAACAAAACAAAACAACAAAUAAAAUAUGACAAUAAACAUGCAGCUUCAUUCUCUUCUUUUUUUCUUUUUUUCCCACAAAGGGAUAUAUUUGAAAAAUAAUUAAUUAACUACAACUAACUAUGUACUAAUGGCUAAAAUGAAUAAUGAAACACACAUACAUUGAAAAUCAAAUAAAUUGAAUACAACAACAACAAAAAAUAUACACUUACAUACCACACAUAUAGAACAACAACAUUUAUAUGAAUCAAACUUAUU